ACGGAAGUACCCUAGUGAAACGGAGAGAAAGCUCCAGAUCAACAUGGCCACCGGCGUGAUGAUGCUCAGCGCGGUCCGACAGCUGCAGAGAAUUCCGGUCGUGGUGAAGUGGAGGUGGCUCGCGACCGGCGCGUCUGCCCCGUUACGGCUGCAGUCCCAGCGCUUGUACACCUGCGCCAGGGGGCUACACGUGUCCAGCAGAUCUGCCCGGGCGUUGCGGACCGGAGCCGUUCUCGGUAGUCACACAGGCAUGCUGGCACCGACCUCAGGACUCUCCAUGCUUUACGAGAGGGCGUUCGCUAACCGGGCCAGCGGUGCGGGCUUCUCUGGGGAGGACGGCGGUGACAGUGCAAGCUCGGGGGGAGACGAGUCAGGGGGAGACGAGGGCGCGACCUAUGGCGCCCCUCAGAUGACUGCUCUGACCCCCAUGAUGGUUCCGGAGGUGUUUCCCAAUGUACCGCUGAUCGCUGUGAGCAGAAACCCAGUGUUUCCCCGCUUCAUCAAGAUCAUAGAGGUAAAAAACAAAGUGCUGAUGGAGCUGCUGAGGAGGAAGGUCCGUCUGGCGCAACCAUAUGCUGGGAUUUUCCUGAAGAAAGAUGACAAUAAUGAGUCCGAUGUCGUGGAAUCUCUGGAGUCUAUCUACUCAAUAGGCACUUUUGUUCAGAUCCAUGAGAUGCAGGACCUGGGGGACAAACUGCGGAUGAUUGUCAUGGGCCAUCGCAGGAUCCACAUCACCAGACAGCUGGAGGUGGAGCCUGACGAGGACAUGAUGACCGCUGUGUCUGAGUCUGAGUCCACGCCUCUGCCCAAACGUAAGGGUAAACGAAGCAGCAAGGACCAGCCGGAAUCUUUGAUGGACUCGCUACAAGACAAGAUUUCAGAAACAGACCUGGGUCCUGAACUACAACCCCUGCCCUCAUCCAACAUUCUAAUGGUUGAAGUGGACAAUGUUCAACAUGAACAGUUUACUGUAACAGAGGAAGUCAAGGCUCUGACAGCAGAGAUUGUGAAGACCAUCAGGGACAUCAUUGCACUCAACCCUCUCUACAGAGAGUCGGUCCUUCAGAUGAUGCAGGCUGGUCAGAGAGUGGUGGAUAAUCCUAUUUACCUCAGCGACAUGGGAGCAGCUCUGACGGGAGCUGAGUCACAUGAGCUACAGGAUGUCCUGGAGGAGACCAAUAUCCCAAAGCGUCUCUACAAAGCUCUGUCUCUGCUGAAAAAGGAGUACGAGCUGAGUAAACUGCAACAGCGACUGGGCCGAGAGGUGGAGGAGAAGAUUAAACAGACCCACAGGAAGUACCUGCUACAGGAGCAGCUGAAGAUCAUCAAGAAGGAGCUGGGUCUGGAAAAGGAGGAUAAAGAAGCAAUAGAAGAGAAGUUUAGAGAGCGACUUAAAGACAGGAGUGUCCCGCAGCACAUAAUGGAUGUCAUUAAUGAGGAACUCAACAAGCUGGGACUGCUUGAUAACCACUCAUCAGAGUUCAACGUGACCCGUAACUACCUGGACUGGCUGACCAGCAUGCCAUGGGGCACCAACAGUGAGGAGAACCUGGCACUGGAGAGGGCAAAAGAGGUUUUAGAAGAAGACCAUUAUGGGAUGGAUGACGUUAAGAAGCGCAUACUGGAGUUCAUAGCAGUGAGCCAGCUGCGGGGCUCCACCCAGGGGAAGAUCCUGUGCUUCUACGGUCCUCCAGGUGUAGGAAAGACCUCUAUCGCCCGCUCAAUAGCCAGAGCCCUCAACAGGCAGUACUUCAGGUUCAGCGUGGGAGGCAUGACCGACGUAGCGGAAAUUAAAGGACACAGGCGGACAUAUGUUGGAGCAAUGCCAGGGAAGGUUAUCCAGUGUUUGAAGAAAACCAAGACUGAGAACCCUCUGGUACUGAUAGAUGAGGUGGAUAAAAUGGGUCGUGGUUACCAGGGCGAUCCUUCCUCUGCCCUGCUGGAGCUUCUGGACCCUGAGCAGAAUGCCAACUUCCUGGACCACUACCUAGAUGUUCCUGUGGAUCUAUCAAAGGUUUUGUUUAUCUGCACGGCCAAUGUGGUCGACACCAUCCCAGAGCCUCUCAGAGACAGGAUGGAGAUGAUCAAUGUUUCUGGAUAUGUGGCACAGGAGAAGCUGGCCAUUGCUGAGCGCUACCUUGUCCCUCAGCUCCGUGCUCUGUGUGGUCUGACUGAAGAGAAAGCCUCCAUCUCACCCGAUGCUCUGAGUCUGCUCAUCAGACAGUACUGCAGAGAGUCAGGGGUCCGGAACCUGCAGAAGCAAGUCGAAAAGGUUUUCCGUAAGGUGGCAUUCUGUAUUGUCAGCGGUGGACAGACCACUGUGAAUGUGACGCCUGAAAACCUGCAGGAGUAUGUUGGGAAGCCUCUUUUUACAGUGGAUCGCAUGUAUGACGUCACACCACCGGGUGUUGUUAUGGGGCUGGCUUGGACUGCUCUGGGGGGAUCAACAAUAUUUAUUGAAACUUCACUGCGGCGUCCCUCUGGAGGAGCAGACCCUAAAGGAGAGGGUUCCCUGGAGGUCACAGGUCAACUGGGAGACGUUAUGAAAGAAAGCGCCAAGAUUGCUUCAACAUUUGCGAGAUCCUUUCUGAGGACCAAGGACCCAGACAACAACUUCUUGGUCAACUCCCACCUGCACCUGCAUGUCCCUGAGGGGGCCACUCCUAAGGAUGGACCUAGUGCGGGCUGCACUAUUGUCACGGCACUGUUGUCCCUGGCAAUCAACCAGCCCGUUCGUCAGAAUGUAGCCAUGACUGGCGAGGUGUCAUUGACUGGCAAAAUACUGCCAGUUGGCGGAAUCAAGGAGAAAACCAUUGCUGCCCGUCGUGCUGGUGUGACCUGCAUCAUCCUGCCAGCUGAGAACAAGAAGGAUUUCUCUGACCUGCCAGACUACAUCACCAACGGCCUGGAGGUCCACUUUGUGGAUCACUACAGCCAAAUGUACCCACUUGUGUUUCCAAAGAGACAGCUGUAGCCUGCUGUCAAGCACAGCCUAAAAGCUAGACUUGUAAACAUGCUACCAGUGUGGAAGACUGUGACGCCCUUCACUGGUGUUUCAGCCUCCACAGCACCAUAAUGUUAAGGAGCAUAUCAUCACACCCAACUGUUGCUGAGAUGGUCUUGGUGACACUAAUGCCAUCAAAGGAGAUGAUCAUCAGUGAGCAGAUACUGGCUGCCAGGCAGCUGUUUCCCCAUAGCUCUUUGUUUACAGGGCUGUGGAUGGACCUUUUCAUAGAUGUUAUUGAUUAUAUAUGAUAAUAUUCAAAUAAAUAAACAUGUAUGUUCUCUAAAUGCA